AUGGAGAAGGCUAUGAGUAUGCUUAGUGGAGCUAGUUUAGAACAAAGGUUUUGGGCCGAAGCUAUGGCUACUGCCUGCUAUCUGGUUAACAAAUCUCCUACAUCAACUCUUGUUGGUAAGACACCCAUGGAGGUGUGGUCUGGUAAGAAGACUUCAAUAAGACAUCUUCAUGUUUUUAGUUGUGAAGCUUAUGCACAUAUUCCAAAGGAGAAAAGAUCUAAGUUGGAAAACAAAGCUGUCAAAUGUAUUUUUAUCGGAUAUAGUGUUGGUGUGAAAGGAUACAAGCUUUGGGAUCCUAUGACUAGUAAGGUGUUGCAUAGUAGAAAUGUUAUUUUUAGAGAGCUAACAUCUUCUCCUAUUGUGCUACAACUAGAUGAAAAAGAAAAGGAAAAAGAUGUUGUUCAGUUUCCUCCUACCCCUGAGAAGACUGAACAGAGAGACCAUGUUGGGUCUAAUGAUGAGGAGAGCUCUAGCAGCUCCGAUAGUUCGGAAGAAGAGGAAGAACAACCUCAACCUCAGCCCUUGAGGAGAUCCACGAGAGAAAGAAAGCAACCAGAAAGGUUUGGUUAUUCUAUGUUAGAUUCCAGUUGUGCUUUUGCUUUGAUUAUUAACACUGAUGAGCCUAGAUCUGUGAAAGAGGCUUUGGGCAUGGAAGAUGCAGGCUUGACAAUUAAGCUUUCGCAAAGUCUUCCGCUGUUGUCAAGUCAAUCAUGCACUUUGCUAUUUGCUUCAACGCUGCUUUCUAUUCCUUCAUAUUUUCUUGUUGUUGCUGUCAUGCUUCGGAAGCCGGUUUCGCCUAAACAGAAAAUGUCGUUGCGAACGGAAAUGCAUUGCGGAGUUGUGGUUCGCUUUGGAGUUUGUCUCUGUUUGGUGUCCUUUACUGCUGCUGCAAACUGUCAUCCUGAAAAGUGUGGCUCAAUGAGUGUGAGUUACCCUUUCUAUAUUAACAAUUCUGAUUGUGGAUACCCUGGUUUUCAGAUCACGUGCAGUAAGAGCAACUCUACUGGGAAGCUCACUACAUUCUUUACUGGAUAUCUAGGUAAUUUUACUCAGAAGCGUCUUCCAGCUAAAGAUUACAAGAUUAUGGAGAUCGAUUACAAGGGUCAUCUCGUCAUAAAUUCGACUUCGAUCAAAACAUAUUCGUGUGAUGCAAAACGUGGUGCUUCAAACUUCUUUCAGCCACCUAAUGGUGGGCCUUUCACUAUUUCCAUGCUCAAUAAGUUCGUGGUGAUUGGCUGCAACAGCUUCGGUACCUAUGAAUUUGGGGAAUGGGGAGAGGCGAAGUGUGUAUCAACAUGUGACUCUCAAACUAAUCCGCCAUACUGCCGCUAUGGCUGUUGUGAAAUUACCCUUCCAGAUAAUUGGGAGUGGUUAAAUUUCACGGGCGGUGGUUUGUUUGAUUUUGAUGACAACUACAAGUGUGGCUUCUCCACUAUAUUGGACCCGUCUACCUUCACAGUGGUGGAUAAUAAAACAAACCUCUUCUGGGAUGAAGGCAUGAAAGCUUAUUAUGGUCUCCGCCUUAAUUGGGGUAUCGGCCUUCAAAAUUGCUCCAUGGCUAGAAAUACUGCCAAUUAUUCUUGCUCCUCCAAAGCAGAAUGCCUCGACUCACCUUCCGGAAUGGGGCACGUGUGCAAAUGCUAUCCAGGGUAUGAGGGAAAUGGUUACACAAAUGGCACAGAUUGCAAAGAUAUAAAUGAAUGCAGUAGAAAAGAGUUGAAUAUGUGCGUUGGAGCAGAAGAAGGAGGAUUAUGCCACAAUUUUGCAGGUUCCUACAAUUGUUCGUGUGCAAAGGGAUAUAAGGGAGAUGGCUUUCAUAAUGGGACAAGAUGUGUAUCCAAAAGCUCCAACUACCUCAAGCUUGCAAUUGUUGGGUCUACUUCUUCUUUUGUUGGUGUUUCUGUGGUGUCUUGUGGACUAUUUUGGUGGUUGAGCAUGCGUCGUUUAAAACAUGCAAGAGAAAAUAAUUUCCGACAGAAUGGCGGAAUACAGUUGCAGGAACGCAUCGCUUCCAUGGGAGGAAAAGAAAGCCUGAGAAUGUUUUCUGAAAGAGAGUUGGAAAUAGCUUCCAACAAUUUUUCAACAGAACUCGGGAAAGGUGGAUUUGCAACUGUUUAUAAGGGAGUUCUUGUAGAUGGUAUGCUUGUGGCAAUUAAAAAACCCAAAUCAAUUUCUGAUGAGUUUAUCAAUGAAAUUAUAAUUUUGUCUCAUAUUAACCAUAGGAAUGUAGUGAAAUUGAUUGGUUGCUGUAUGGAAUCUCAAUUUCCAUUGCUUGUAUACGAAUUUGUGCCAAAGGGAACAGUUUUUGAACAUCUACACUCAGGAGAGAAGCAAUUGUCAUGGGAAACAAGAAGGCAAAUUGCCAUUGAAACAGCAGAGGCGAUAGCAUAUGUGCAUCUUCAAGCCUCUCAACCCAUUUUCCAUCGUGACAUAAAAUCUUCAAAUAUUUUGUUAGACAACUCAUUCACACCAAAAGUAGCAGACUUUGGUAUUUCUCGCUUACGUCCUUCGGAUGAAAGGCAUUUGAGCACCGUCCUUCCGUCGGGCACUCCAGGAUAUGUGGAUCCUGAGUUUGUGAGGAGCAACCAAUUUACAGACAAGAGUGACGUUUUCAGCUUCGGUGUAGUUUUGGUGGAGCUUCUCACGGGUUUGAUGCCAUUGCUGUCUAUACAUGGAUCUACAUGUGCUUUGUAUGACCAUUUCCUUUCUGCAAUUAACAACAACCGUCUCAAUGAAAUUUUAGAUCCUAGAGUGGUGAACGAGGAAAUCCAAGGACAGAUGGAAAAUAUGGCAAGGUUAGCAAAAGCAUGUCUGCAAGCGAAAGAAAAAUCAAGGCCGUCCAUGAGAGAGGUAGUGGAGGAACUUGUUUGGAUAAGAGCCGCCACAAAACAGCCGGGGCUAUAUAGAGAUGUUAGUCUUGUGGAGCAUAGGGGUGAUCCAAAACAAACUAAGCUGAAUUAUCAUGCUUUGCUAAAUACCAUUGAUAGUACUGCAGAGGUUUAUUACCACAGUUCUCCAUCUGUUACAGCAAUUUCUUCAGAGGGUCCUUCCACUGCGUUGCUUCAGAUUGAAAUGUCAGAUACGUAUGCACGAUGAUCGAGUCAAUGCACGGCCGAAGAAGCACCCAGGUAUUUUGCAAACAGCAGCCUCUGCAGUUACCAUACGUUUAGUGUCUUGCUACAAUUACAUUUUGAAGUCUCUAUUUAAUAUUAGCGUUGUGCAAGUAUUGAACAUUUUAUUUAAUUUCUCGACAGAAACAAAUUGUAAUUAUGCACAAUCCUAGUGCAAUACAUUAUAAGAUUUUUAUGGUCAAAUGGUGUUUAUGUAAUUUUAAUCUAAUUGUUAUAUAUGAAAUUAUAUUUUGAGCUCCUUUCUUAAUCUGUGUAUGUUUGAGAUCAAAAAGGUUAUCAAUAGAAAUAGUU